ACUCAGCACUUAAUUUUAGUAAGAUCUCUGAAACACAAGAUACAACUGUUCCUACUAAUAAUAGAAUCAAAGUCUGUAAACUAAACAGCAAUAGUAAAAGAGCUAAAAAAGAAAAGCAUGUUAAUCAUAAUAUGAUUGAUACUGAUGAAAGCAAUACAAAUUUAUCAGAAAAAAAUAUUGAUAAGUUUGUUUAUUCUAUUAUUCUACAUUAUAUUAAACUUGUCAAUAACUAUUUUUUAAAACUUAUAGAAUUAGCACUUAAUAGUCACAAAAUGCCCAAAAUUCAAGAUACAACUUCUUUUACUAAUAAUAGAACUAGUAAACUGAAUAAGAAAAAUGCUAAAAAAGGAAAACAAGUUGAUCACAAUGCACCUGCUAAUGUUAAUAAAAAUGAUCUGAAUGACAAUAAUAAAGGUACUAAAAAAGAAAAACAAGUCAAUUACAAUACACCUAUCAAUAUUAAUAAAAGUUAUCUGAAUAAUGCUAAAAAAGAAAAACAAUUCGAUUACAAUGCACCUAUUAAUAUUAAUGAAAGUGAUUCAAAUUUAUUAGAAAAAGAU